AUGCCACAUCGUUUUAAUCUUCGAGUAGGGCCCCAUGCACGAACCAUGAUUAGGUUUCUGAGGAUGAGAUCGUUUAGGUACAAUACUCUAGCAACUUUUUCCAGACUUUUACCGGCCACCGGUUUCACGAAUCCUUCAUCAACCCAUAGCCUGAUGAGCAUGGGGACCAACGCUCGUCCUCCUUUAACUUCACGGUCGAGCUUAAAUUUUCUGAAACAUGCUGCCAGCUUUGUCGUGUUUGUUCAGACUUUGCUAGGAGUCCUCCGAUCACGACAAUUGACAGUGGAAGGCCUCUGCAUUUCUUGGCAAUCUCCUUCCCAAUCUCUUCCAAUUCCGGCGGGCACCCUUUCUGGGCCAUCCAGUUGCAUAGCCAGUUUCGAUGGCCUAGUGGUUAUUAGUACUUUGCUCCCGUUGUUGUUAUUCGGAAAGAAGGGUUUCACCCUAUCCCACGCGUCCGUACCCCAAAUAUCAUCCAUCACAAUCAGAUACCGUCGCCCAAAUAAACUCUUAUACAGCAUAUCUCCUAAUUCGUGUUCGCUUUCCUCACCCCCUUCCGGCCAUCACAUCAUCAUCGUCUUCCUCCUUCACGCGUCGAGAAGCCGAGCCGUCUCCUUGCCGCGAGCCCUCGACCGCGAUCAGCAGCAACCGGCGACCAACUUCCGCUGCUCCCCUGUUCGCACAGCAUCUAGCGAUGAGCCCUUCUUCCUCGCUAGAUCACCGUCGCCGUCCUCAGUCACGCGCAGGAACGUAGCGGCGAGCCACCCUCCGCCAUUCGCUGGCCACUCGCAGACGUCCACCGGCGAGUCCUCCUCCCCGCGAGCAGUCGACACUCCUCCCGGUGAAGCCUGUCCACGCACAGAAGCCGCCGGCGACCCUCUUUCUUCCACCGCGGGCCGCUGA